UUUUUAUUUGAUGUUGAUUCUUUUUGACACUUUGCGAUCGUCCCACCCCUUCUCCCUCGCCCUCUCUCAUCUAAACGGUCAUCACUAGCUGUUUUUCCAUUCAAAGCCCAUUCAUCUCUCAUUCUUGAAAUUUCAGCCGCAGACGGCGGAGAUUGGUGGCGGUAAUAGUUGUGGCGGCCAUGGCUUUGAAUUUUCUUUCCCCAACUGAAAUCAAUUCCCUUUCUUUCUUGGACACUUCUAAAUCUCGUUACAACCUUAAUCUCUUAAAAAACGAAGGUGUGUUUGCUUUGAAAAUGAAGGAUGCAAAUACUGUUGCAAAGAGAGUCCAUUGUUCUGCACAGCAGCCGCCUCCUCCAGCUUGGCCAGGGCGAGCUGUUGCUGAGCCAGGUCGUAAAAGUUGGGAUGGUCCAAAGCCUAUAUCAAUCGUCGGAUCUACAGGCUCCAUCGGAACCCAGACACUGGACAUAGUUGCUGAAAAUCCGGAUAAGUUUAAAGUUGUUGCACUUGCAGCUGGUUCAAAUGUGAUUCUUCUUGCUGAUCAGAUAAAAAGAUUUCAUCCUCAAUUAGUUGCUGUUAGAAAUGAGUCAUUAGUCGAUGAACUCAAAGAGGCUCUGGCCGACAUGGAAGACAAGCCUGAAAUAAUUCCAGGAGAGCAGGGAACCAUCGAGGUUGCCCGCCACCCUGAUGCCAUCACUGUAGUAACAGGAAUAGUUGGCUGUGCAGGUUUGAAGCCUACGGUGGCUGCCAUAGAAGCUGGAAAGGACAUCGCUUUGGCCAACAAAGAGACACUAAUUGCUGGAGGUCCUUUUGUCCUCCCCCUUGCACACAAGCAUAAAGUAAAAAUUCUUCCUGCAGAUUCAGAACAUUCUGCCAUAUUUCAGUGUAUACAGGGAUUGCCGGAAGGUGCUCUUAGACGCAUAAUUUUGACUGCUUCAGGAGGUGCAUUCAGAGAUUGGCCUGUUGAUAAAUUGAAAGAAGUGAAAGUAGCUGAUGCUUUAAAGCAUCCCAACUGGAAUAUGGGAAAAAAGAUUACGGUGGACUCAGCCACCCUCUUCAACAAGGGUCUAGAAGUUAUUGAAGCGCAUUAUCUUUUUGGAGCUGAAUAUGAUGACAUCGAGAUCGUUAUACAUCCCCAGUCAAUCAUACAUUCAAUGAUUGAGACACAGGAUUCGUCUGUAUUAGCACAAUUGGGGUGGCCUGAUAUGCGUUUGCCUAUUCUCUACACAUUAUCCUGGCCUGACCGAAUUUCAUGUUCUGAAAUUACUUGGCCUCGUCUUGAUCUUUGCAAGCUUGGGUCUCUUACAUUCAAGGCUCCUGACAAUGUGAAAUAUCCAUCGAUGGAUCUGGCAUAUGCCGCUGGACGAACCGGGGGGACCAUGACGGGGGUUCUUAGUGCGGCUAACGAAAAAGCUGUUGAACUGUUUAUCGAUGAAAAAAUAAGUUACUUGGACAUCUUUAAAUUUGUGGAGCUAACUUGUGAUAAGCAUAGAUCGGAAUUGGUAUCUUUGCCUUCACUUGAGGAAAUUAUACAUUACGACUUGUGGGCUCGGGAUUAUGCCACCAGCUUGCAACUCUCAGCCGGUUUAAGUCCUGUCCUUGUAUGAGUUGUUGAAGAGAAAGACGUUGCAUUCUUGGUUGAGGGAUCGCGGGCAUGAAGCAAAUUGUAACAUGGAAGAAAAUGGAAUUUGAGAAUUUCUAAUGGUUCUUUGGCUGUAAUUGUAACUAAUAAAACUGCAUGAAUUUGUUUCCUCAGUCAAUGAAAUAUAAAUUUCGUGGUCUUCACCAUUA